UAAGUGCCAGAGUGACAGUGUCAUCUCAUCCUUGGCUCAGGACUCCAGCUGGUUUCAGGAUAUCUAUACUGCAGUGUUGUCUCUGGACACCCUCACACACCAGAAUGUUUUCCCUCCUGUUCUUUGCUGUGCUCUGCGCCAGCUGCCUGUCUGCUCCCAGUGAGCACUACUCCUUCUCCCCUCCUGUUGGACCCGGGAGUGGCACUUCCUUCUCCACAGCAGGAGACGGAGGGAUCACAGGUGUUAAGGUCUGGGAGUCUAUCAACGCUUACAUCACAGGUCUCCAGGUGCGCAAUGGCUUCUCCUGGUCCAACGUUUUUGGUCGCACACUUGGAGAUGCACAGGAGCUGGAACUAUAUGAUGAUGAGUACAUUAUUCAGAUCUCUGGCAAAUACAGCACCACCUAUAUCUAUCAGCUGAUCUUUGUGACCAGUACAGGGAGAUCUCUGAUAGUUGGCCAGCCCACACAUACCUCUUUCAACUUCUACCCGAUCGACAAUGGUUGCGAGCUAAAAAUGCUGAGUGGUCGCUAUACCACCUCAGGGAUCAAGUCUUUGGGAGCUCACUGGGGAAGUCGGAUGAUAUCAACCAACACUUCAGUCCACGACUACUGAGUACUAACAACAGUCUUAACAGGGAAUAAUCAACCUAUCUUUUUCCAUUAAGAAAGUAUUUAGUCUUUGUGCACUGGGUAAUAUUUUACCACUUUUUGUAUGAAUACUUCUGGAAAAUAAUGUCUUUGUUCAUUUAAAAAAAACAAAAAAAAAAAAACAUAAUGAAGGGUGACUGUGAACGAUUAACUCAGUUUGUGACCCCAUGUGGGGAAGUUAAACACACAGGAUCUACUAAACAUGUACUUUAUAGACAAGACAAUAUUUUUCAUCAAAUGAAGAGGCUCUGAGUAAAAGCAUUUUGCAUUUUGCAUUCUCAUGAAGGACAGAUUGCAGUGAUUUAUUGCACUUUAUCAAUACCUCAUGUAUUUUGAGGAAUGCUAAGGAUAUUAAGAGAUUAUAUAUGUGGUUUGUAUUUCUGCAUAUUCAAAUGGUUGGAGAAAUGUUCAGUCUGACCAAUAUUUAAUUCUGUUGCAUGCAAUAUGCUGUUGUAUUUUAUGAAAGGUAUGAUUUUUUUUUUUCCUCUUGUGACUUUGUGACUGUUAUGCAAAAUUAAUAAAACAAC